AUUGAGGCACAGAGGACCUGAUUGGAGCGGAAUAUAUCAGAACGGGUUCAAUUACUUGGCCCAUCAACGUCUUGCUAUCAUCGAUCCUGAUUCCGGUGAUCAACCUCUCUUUAACGAGGACAAGUCCAUUGUUGUCACGGUGAACGGAGAGAUUUAUAACCAUGAGGAGCUGAGAAAGGGUUUGAAGAAUCACAAGUUCCACACCGGUAGUGAUUGUGACGUCAUAGCUCACCUGUACGAGGAGCAUGGUGAGAAUUUUGUGGACAUGUUGGAUGGAAUCUUCUCCUUUGUGUUGCUGGACACAAGAGAUAACUCAUUCAUGGUUGCUCGUGACGCGGUUGGUGUCACUUCGCUCUACAUUGGUUGGGGAUUAGAUGGAUCUCUGUGGGUCUCUUCCGAGAUGAAAGGCUUACACGAAGAUUGUGAGCAUUUCGAAGCCUUUCCUCCAGGUCAUUUGUAUUCAAGCAAAUCAGGAGGAGGGUUUAAGCAAUGGUACAAUCCUCCUUGGUUCAAUGAAUCUGUUCCUUCUACGCCUUAUGAGCCUCUCGCAAUUAGAAGCGCCUUUGAAGACGCUGUGAUAAAGCGGUUGAUGACUGAUGUCCCAUUUGGAGUUUUGCUAUCUGGUGGUCUUGAUUCUUCUCUUGUUGCAUCCAUCACUGCCCGUCACUUGGCCGGUACUAAGGCCGCUAAGCGAUGGGGUCCUCAGCUCCAUUCCUUUUGUGUCGGUCUUGAGGGCUCGCCGGACUUGAAGGCGGGGAAAGAAGUGGCGGAGUAUUUGGGGACGGUGCACCAUGAGUUCCAUUUCACGGUGCAAGACGGGAUUGAUGCGAUUGAGGAUGUGAUCUACCAUGUCGAGACAUAUGAUGUGACGACAAUUAGAGCUAGCACACCCAUGUUCUUGAUGUCCAGGAAAAUCAAGUCUCUAGGUGUUAAGAUGGUUCUUUCCGGUGAAGGUUCUGAUGAGAUCUUUGGAGGGUAUCUUUACUUCCA